CCAUUCAUUCCAUUUAUCAAUUUUGCUUGGUUUACACAUCGCUUGCAGAAAUGAAGAAUGUAAUUGCAUUUAUUGGCUUUACGAUUGCCAUAUUAUUUUGCGUCGUCGAAAGUCGUGUCGUCCUAGAUGUUCCAUAUGGCGAACAUAAGGAUCAAAUACUGGAUUUGCACAUCCCAGAUGAUGAUUCUAUUCGGAUAAACAAAAUCAUCAUAAUGCUUCACGGUGGUGCGUGGUGGAUGGGUAGGAAAGAGGAUUUGAAUCCGCACGUUGCAAUUAUUCGUGAAAAAUUGCCCGAUUAUGCAAUUGCUAAUAUGAAUUAUCAACUUGGAUCCGCGGAAAGUCCGGGAUUUCCAAAACAGCUGGACGAUAUAAAGGCUGUAAUUGCAUUUUUGAAAUCCAGCUUUACUACCAAUCUUUCUAUUGCUGUGUUCGGAAAUUCCGCUGGCGCCCUGUUGGCGUUACUUUACAGUUACCGAUGGGACCAAACCAGUCGUGACGUUAAAGCUGUCAUAUCACAUGUUGGCCCAGUGGAUUUAAUGGUUGACUUCUAUUGCAAAAACAUCGUAGCGUACCCAUUCAUUGUGCAAUUGCUUGGACCCGAUACUUGCCAAGAAAAUCCACACCUUUGGAAUGAGACAAGUCCUAUCACCUUUGUGGAUGAGAGGUCUCCUCCAACUGUCGGUUUUUACGGCAGUUUGGACGUCCUUGUGCCCUUUGGGCAGAUGGCAAGUCUACAAGAAAAGUUGGAUUCUUUGCAAGUACCUAAUGCGUUCGCCAGAUAUCCAAUAGGUCAUACUGAUUGGCCAGAUGCACAUGUUCAAGAUAUGUUUACUGUGAUGGCUGAUUUCCUUACUACUCAUUUAUAGGCCACCCUGUUCAAUGAAAAAACAAUGUGGAUUAAAUUAUGGAAAAGAAUUGUUUGUCGGAAAAUUAGAUUUAUUCAAUUGUUGCCGUUAGUUAUAAAAAUAAAUCAUUAUAUGAAAUUGUA